AUGGGUAACUGUCUAUCGUGUCUUAUAGGCAAUUCAAAUGACGAUGACUAUAAUGAAACUUCAUCUUUAUUGAGACACCAACAACAGCACAACCAGCAAUAUUUAUCAGAUUAUUUGCAGGAAGAGCAGAUACUUAAACAGCAACAAAGACAACAAGAAUUGGCUGGCAUAGUGAAUGAAUUGAAUGAUAAUUUGAUUGAUGUUACUUCAUUUUUAAGUGGGAACAAUAACAAUAACAAUAAUAAUAAUGCAUCUUUGGGUAAUAGUGGAAUUUUGGCUAAUGAGAGUAAUAUUAAUGAGGAAGAGCAUACACAAGUCGGCAAUACUAUAAAAUCACUUCCUUACCUUUAUACUAAAGAGGAUAAAGAUGAGAUAUUGAAGAAAUUAAGUGAUAUUGAUGCUGAUGUUAAACAGAGUUUUAAAAUACAAUCACUGGUGCCCUUAUAUAUCAAGUUUUAA